ACUCCCUAACGUGACAAUUGUGUUUUAAACGAAACUCAUAGUGAUUAGUCCACUUCUCACUACUUCCAAAUUCAGAGAUAUUCAUUUACUUGCACGUUUUUUUCCAGUUUCAAACUUUCAAUUACUCAUCUCCUCUACACUUUUUUCCUUUCUUUUCCAAUUUUACUGGAAAUCAAAGAGGAGAAAAAAUAAAGUUAUGUCAGAUGCUUUGAUCUGUGGUCUGGCCGGUGCCGGUGGUGGCAUAAUCGCUCAGCUCAUUACAUAUCCUCUUGAAACUGUAAAUACUCGGCAGCAAACGAAUAGAAAUUCUAAGAAAUUGAAGAAAACUGUUGGAACUAUCGAUCAAAUAUGCCAGGUUGUAAAGCAGGAAGGAUGGGAUGGGCUAUAUGGUGGAUUAGCUCCAUCGUUAGUUGGUACGGCUGCAUCACAGGGUGUUUACUAUUAUUUCUACCAAAUAUUGAGGAAUAGAGCAGAAACUGGUGCAUUUGAACGUAAGAGAAAAGGAAUUGGUGAUGGAUCAGUCGGAAUGUUCUCAUCACUUCUGGUGGCUGCUUUAUCUGGGUGUGUUAACGUGUUGCUGACUAAUCCCAUAUGGGUAGUUGUUACACGCAUGCAGACUCAUACAAGAAAGGAUAAAGAUAACCACACAAAACAUGUACCAUCACAGGGUGCAAUCUCUGCUGUGGUUGAACCUCCUUCCUAUGGGACAAGCCACACUAUUCAAGAAGUCUACGGUGAAGCUGGAAUUUCGGGUUUCUGGAAUGGUGUUUUCCCAACAUUAUUCAUGGUAAGCAAUCCUUCCAUACAAUUUAUGCUAUAUGAAACUUUGCUGAAGAAGAUUAGAAAACGACGUGCCUCUAGCAAUAAAGGUGCCAAUGAUGUCACUGCUUUGGAGAUAUUUCUACUUGGAGCUGUGGCAAAACUUGGAGCUACGGUUGUAACGUAUCCUCUUCUGGUUAUCAAGUCAAGACUCCAGGCAAAGCAGGAUAUUUGUGGCGAUAAAAGACAUCAUUAUAAAGGUACCCUUGAUGCUAUUAUGAAGAUUAUACGCUAUGAAGGCUGUUGUGGAUUUUACAAGGGGAUGGGCACAAAAAUUGUACAAAGUGUUCUUGCUGGUGCUAUUCUAUUCAUGGUCAAGGAGGAACUUGUCAGGGGUGCUAGGUGGUUAUUAACAGGGAGUGCCGCUACUUCUAUCAGAUGAAAGCCGCAUUGGAAAUUGAAUCUCUUCCAUUGCAGUCUAAGCAAGGUGUGCCCACAAGAAAUACCUUCAGAUUAAGAUGGAUACUUUGUAAUCACUAGCUAUAGUCUUUUUAAAAAAAAAAAAAAAUUAACGGUGGUUCCCAGACUAGCUUGUGGGCACCUCCACUAUUCAACGGGGAUAUCUGCUAACUUCAUCAGUGCAGAUUCAGUGUAGUGACUAGAAACAUUACAAUUGACGAGUUGUACUGUUUGAUCAUUUUAUUAGUUUGUUGUGUCUCCGUGGCACAGAUUGUUAAUAUCUCGGUUCUUGAUCAUAAGUCCAUUCUUUGGUCAUGGCGUACUAGUUAACGCCAUCUAUCUUCCUUCUGGACGAAAGGUGAACUGUUGUAAACUUUUAAUAUUACUAUUUCAAAAUUCCUUGGACUUGGGAUUGA